AUGCAAUUCUACGCGCUAUAUUUUUUCCCUGUCAUCACAGACGAAGGGCCGAAUCCUACCAUCACUGUAACGGAGGGAAUUCCUACAGUUCUUGCGAGCCCAUCAACUGAGAACCAUGCUGACAAGGGAACGCUGACGUCAUUCUCGGACCCAGAACAGCUCCGUAAGGUGCAGUUCCCGGCAUCCAAGAGCUCCCAGGAGGGAACCCCCAGGACGAUCGGACCCAACGGCAUUUCUGAAGACGUGCGCAUCAACCUCCGCUGGACACAUGUCACCUGCACCCUGCCCGUUUUCAGAGGCCUGUUCGAGAAAAAACUGACCGACUGGACCAAGCAGCCCCGUCGGAAAACAGUGCUGCGCAACCUAACCGGGUCUGCGCUGCCAGGAGACAUCGUGGCUGUCCUCGGACCUCCCAACGCUGGAAAGUCAACGCUGCUCAGCAUUCUCAGCGGCUUCUGCAGAGAGGGCUACGACGGCGAGAUCCUCGUCAACGGCGCCAAGUUAUCGGCGGAGGAACUGGGCAGCCGCAGCUGCUUCGUGCCGCAGACGGACCUGCACAUGGACUGCUUCUCGGUCAAGGAGACGCUAUGGCUCGCUGCAGAGCUCAAGUUCCCGACCUCCGUCGAGCGGAAGGACAAGUUCCGAGCGGUAGUGAACGCCAUGGAGCGCUGGAGUCUGAUGGACGUCCGCCGCGUCCCAGUGGCCAAGAUCAGCAAGACCCACAAGCGCCUGCUCACGUGCGCCGAGCAGCUCAUCAACGCACAGCCCCUCAUAUUCGUCGACGACCCCACCAGGAACGUCGACGCUUCUCAGGCGCGAAUCUGCAUGAGGACGCUGAAGUACCUGGCCUACAAAGGUCACACGGUCGUUGCCGUCAUCUCGAACCCUUCCAUCAACAUGAUGAAAUACUUCAACAAGCUUUAUGUGCUCACUGAAGGAAGGCUCAUCUACAGCGGAAGCCCAAUGGAGAUGAAAAGCAGCCUGGGUGCCCACGGCUUCGUUUGUCCCGCCGAGUUGCCCAUCACAGAAUAUAUGCUCCAGGUGUCUGCCAAGAUGCACGGCGGCCUGCGGGCCCUGGCCGAGACCGAGGCCAUCAAGGCCAGGGAGGCGAUCGAGGCCAAGUCGAGUGAGGCCGGCCCCAGCGACGCUCCCGUCGUCACGGUCGAUCCCGGGUUCAAGAAGGAGGGCGACGACGGGAACGAAGAGGCAAAGCCCAGCAGCAGGCGCAAGGGAAGCAUGGCCAACAUCUUCGAGGGACGAGUGGAAGUGGACUCCAGGGACCACCUUUCCUUGAUCUUCAACCGUUUCAUCUUCUACACCUACAGGAGUUCGGUGUACAUGGCGUACCGGCAGUUCGUGAACCUCUCGCUCAUCAUCGUCUUCGCGAACGUGUUCAAGGCGGUGGGCUACGACAGCUCCUUCGUGCACAUGGACGUGAGCUUCAUCUGCCUCCACUUUGCCUUCCUCUCCCUCUUCUCGCUCUUCAACGCCACCGUCAAAACUCCUUUGCUCAUCCAGCAUGCGAUCCAUGAGCAGCGGUACUCCCUCUACUCCAAGCGCAUCUAUUUCAUGGCCAGGAUAUUUUCUGAAAUCGUCUACGAACUCAUGUUCUCCUUGGCGGCGGGCAUCUUCAACUACUACCUGUCACACCAGCUCCGAGAAGAAAGCAGGAUCUUCUUCUUCCUGUGUUUCUCAUUCCAAGUAUGCGUGCUGAGCCAAGCUCUAGGCAUGCUCAUCGGAUCCUGCUUUGACUACGAGAUUGGCUGCAUGGUGUCUGCGACGGUGUUCGCGCACGCGCUGCUCUUCUUGGGCUUCUUCUUCCCGGCCAAGGACCUGGCGGUGCACGCGGUCUGGCUCCCGUACACCUCGUACCUCUUCUACGCCUUCAACGGCGCCAUGACGGCCGUCUUCGGCUGGAAGCGGACCCUCCGGUGCCCAGAGGGCUCCCCGCGCAGCUGCCCCUUCUCUUCCGGAGACCAGGUGCUGGCCCGCUACUGGAUCGACGAGAACUUGCUGUAUGCCAACGUGGUCGCGCUCCCUGUCCUCACGCUGGCGCUCUGGGUCGCCGCCUACUGCGUGCUCUCCUUCAGGAUCAAGUGGCGCUUCUGAAAAGGCUGGGAGAGGGACGACGCAUUUCACCCACCUCUGCAAGUUGGCCGUGUAAAUAGUAAUCUAGACUGGAAACGAUCGCAUCGAGAAGGCAAAAAUAAAAGUAGCGUGUUCGUUUUGUUGAAA